CUCGUUUCGACAUCCCCCUUCCUUCCUGUUUACUCCCUCACAAAUCUCAAACCCUACCUCGCUAGCCAUCCUCAGAUCCCGAGUUCCGCUCGCUCGCCGCCCCUCCCCAGCCCCCAUGCGGAUCCGCAGGUCCGCCUCCCGCCUGCUGGGCUCCACCGCCGCCGCCCCCUCCUACUGCCCGGAGCCGCCCCGAUUCGAGCUCCACGGAUUGGAGCCGCCCCCGCCCCCGUCGCCGCCGCAAACCCCAGCCCACGAAUCCGGCGCCGGGUCCGUGGGGCCCAAGACCUCCUCCGGCGGGGAGCCCUGCUGCGAGCUCAGCCGGUCGCCAUGGGACCUCAUGGCCCAGCUCGACCUCUCGGAUCCCCAGGUGGAGAAGCUCUUCGUGCAGACUUGCUUCAUUAGUGUUUCCUGGCGAGGUAGCUGGCUCUUCCCAGCAAGCAUCACCAUGCCUGCCAGCUCCAUCAAGGAGGAGGAAGACUUGGCCGUAGAUAUGGUUGACGGGGUCAUCUUGAAACUGCACAAAGCUGCGGAAAAGAUGGAGAGCAUGAAGAAUCAGAGCAGGCAGAAGACAUAUAAGGGGCUCAAUGUGAAGAAGGGAGUGUGGACGUGCAGGAAGAAUGACGGCAAGAGGUGGUGCUGCCGGCGGCCUGUGAGUCAGCCCAACUCCUAUUGCUCGUACCAGUCGGAUCAGAAGCCCCCCGUCAGCGACAAGCCACGUAGGAAGAGGCCUGACAUCGACCUAGGCGAGGGGUUCUACUACUAUGCGGGGUUUGGCCCCGGCACCAAGAGGCGCCGCACGUUAAGCAGCGACAACGUGCUGGAACCUCCACUGCCUGCUGAGCCACUGAAAGAGGAGACACCAGACAAAAUGCAACUUGAUUUUAGUGCAGGCCAGGUACAAGCAGCGAAUGAAUCCGAUCAUCAAGUGGUGCUCCCGCGAUCAGCAAACAUUGUUGACGAGCCUGGCACCGCUGGGAUGCCAGCGUGUGACAAGGAGAGCAGUGAUGAUGUCGUGCCGGAAUUUUCAGUGGUUGCUAAACCACCGAAAGAGGAGCCACAGCCUGAAAUGGAACUUAAUUUUAGUGCAGGUCAGGCACAAGCUGAUAACACAGACCAUCAAGAAGCAGCGGCAUCAGCACGUGUGGUCGACAAGCCUACGGGCAACGACGGCACCACCGGGAUCGCAGGCUGGGACGAGGAGAGGAGCGAUGACGAAGCGCUUGGCUGCAAUGACGAACAACCCCACGACACCAAGAGGAAGGGCCCGUUCAAGAAGAGGUGGAGGAAGCCUGUGAAAGCCCGGUCGCUCAAGUCACUGAUGAUGUCGUAGUGCCUGUUUCUCAUUGGUUUAGUAGUUAGCUCACUUUAGUCUGCUCCAGUUUUGGUGCUGAGUUGCAAGGUACGCAAACUGUUUGUAGCAUCUUUUGUGUGUGUGGAUUGUACUGUUUUAACUGGGUGUGCUGGCCCUUAGAUCGAACUGAAUUAAUGUCUUAAAAGGUGUCGUUUAAUCGACAUGGGUGAGAUGCAGCCACUGUUUUUUUGCUGGUGAUUCAA